AUGCAGAAGAAACGACUGGCCAGCAAACACCUGGAGAAGGGCAAGAGAAGAUCCGAGACGAAUGGACUUAACACGCUGCAGGGUCAAAGCGUAUACGAAAGUAACGUCGAGAAAAAGGAGAGCACCCAUGGUCAUGCCAACAUGAAAAACCUGAGCAGCAUGAAAAAUCUCAGCAGCAUGAAAAAUCUCAGCAGCAUGAAAAACCUGAGCAGCAUGAAAAACCUGAGCAAUAUGAAAAACCUGAGCGGCAUGAUCAACCCAGAGGACGUAUACAGCGAAAUAAUAUGCAACGAUAUCAAUUAUGGAGCCCACAAAAGUAACUGCAACGGAGUGAUCUACGUGAAUGAGAAGCAGUACGAACGGAUAAUUAAACGGAGACUGAAAAAAAUUAAACAAGAUAUUGAAAGGAAUCGAGAAGUACGAGCAUAUGUGGCCAUACAAAGUAAAUCCUGCUUACGCAUGAAUCAAUUUCAUGGCAACCAUUUUAACACGUCUCUUUAUAACUAUGACAUUAAUUCGAAUGAGUCCUUCUUAAAGACCAAGGGGGAGAGAGAGAGCGGAGUGUCAACAGGCUUGCUAAUUGGUAGAGGGUCCACUGCCCUGUGUCCAAACGUCAGCUCCAACAACAACUACCUGACACUGUAUGAUAAUAUGAGGACAAUUAUUGAUAUGAAGCCUGGCAGUACUUACGACAAAGGAAACGGCGUCUACCUGAACCAGUACGCGCCGCCAUACUCCGCCAGGGGGUGGGUGGGCAGUCUCAACCUGCUGGAAAACCAGAGCCAUCAGAGUCACCAUAACAGCCAGAGCCAUCAUAACCAGCAUAACAAUCAGAGCCAUCAGAACCUCCAUAACAGUCAGAGCCAUCAGAACCAUCAGAACCGCCACAACAAUCAGGACACGCUGAACAACAUGACAAAUGUGAGCAGCGCGUCUCACAGGACCAACCCGAACGCUCUGAACCACGCAAGCCACAGGGAGGAUCUGCAGGGGGGGGCAGAAAACUACGUCGACAUGAACGACGCAAACGUGGCCAACAUGGCGAACGUCUCAAAUAUGGCCAAUAUGGCUAACUACUCCAACAUGGCCAAUAUGGCGAACUACUCCAACAUGGCCAAUUUGAAUAGCCUCACUGACUUGGCCAAUUUGAAUAGCUUGACUGACUUGGCCAACCUGGCUAACAUGAGUGAAUUGGCUAACAUGAGUGAACUGGCCAACAUGAGUGAAUUGGCUAACAUGCCUGACCUGGCCAACAUGCCCGACCUGGCCAACCUCACUGACUUCGCAAACCUGACUGACUUCUCCAACCUCGCCAACCUGACUGACUUCUCCAACCUCGCCAACCUCACCGACUUCGCCAACAUGGCUAGCUUGACCAACGGGAACAACUUGGACAACACGGAGAACGCGGAAAAUGUGAUAAAAGGGGCGAGCGCGACGAAUGAGGGCAACCUUGGGGACAUGCGUCGAGUGGAAGACCAUGGACACAUGGAUGAGAUGCACCUGGGAGGAUUGGGCGGUGUGCACAGCGUGGGUCACAUGGGGCAUGUGGGGCAUGUGGGCCAAAUGGGACAGAUGGGCCAAAUGGGUCAGAUGAGCCAAGCCAACCACGCGGGUCAAUCCAACCACAUGGGCCAAUCCAACCACAUGAGCCAAGCCAACCACAUGGGCCAAGCCAACCACAUGAGCCAAGCCAACCACAUGGGCCAAGCCAACCACAUGAGCCAAGCCAACCAUAUGAACCACCUAAACCACGUGAACUACGCGAACCAGGUGGACCAUAUGAGCUACGCGAACCAAGUGGGCCACUCCAAUUACCCCAGUCAUGCGGCUCACCUAGACCAUCAAAACCGCGCGGUUCACCUCGACCACCAGAACCAAGUGACUCAGCUAGACCACCAGAACCAUGGGGCUCAGAUAGACCACCAUAACCAUGGGGCUCAGCUAGACCAUCAGAACCACGCGUCCCACCUGGGCCAGCUGAACCAGCUGAGCCACACGAACCAAAUGAACCACCUCAACCACAUGCGACAGAUGAGCCAAAUGAGCCACUUGAAUCACAUGAACCACGUCAACCAAAUGAACGGCAUGAACGGCAUGAAUCACCUGAACAGUUCAGGCAAUUUGACCAACUUCUGUAAUGCCAUUACCGGAAAUUUCCAUUAUGGUCCCUACGACGACUAG